AGGCGCGUUUGGCCGUGCGGGGAAGCGCUUGGAGAAAACUUUUGCAUCCGAGCCUUGGCUGCAGGAUUUUUCAUUCCCAAACCUUGGCCAGAUGGAGAAGGAGGCUGCGAGGAAGAGGAAGAUCUCCCAGGACACCCAGGCAGACAAGGAGCUGAGGAUGGAGACCAGGGAGGAAAAAUCCCCACAGCAGAACCUCAUGGAAGAGGCUGAUUUGAGCAGCUCCACAGUGCAGGAAUGCAAAGGGGAGGAAAAUCCCCAGAGAUCCUGCAGGAGGAGGGGCUCCAAACCCAUCCCAGGGUGCUCUGAGGAGGAAAGACCCACCCUGUGGCGGGAAGUCGGCCAGAGAUCCAGCCAGGGCUCUGAGCUAGUGGUCCAUGAGCAGCUUCAGGACGGGGAGAAGCCCUACAAGUGCUUGGAGUGUAAGAAGUGCUUCAGCCGGAGCACCAAACUGCUCCGCCACCGGAUGAUCCACACUGGGGAAUGGGCCUAUCAGUGUGGGGAAUGUAGGAAGGGCUUCAGCUUGGAAGAAGAGUGGGAGCAGGCUCUGGCGCACGUGUGA